AUGGCCCCCAGCAUGCUCACGCUCGCGGCCGCCGCGCUCACCACCAUCGCCUUCACAAUCGCCUCAUUAUACGCCUCGCCUAGUCUCCCCAGCGCCUCCCCGAAACAGCCUCCGGAUCCUCGUCGCCCCCGUGCCGAGGACGACGCCAACAUCCAGUUCCGGGAGGGUUUCCGCACCUUGGCCGCCAGGAGCGAGAAAAACCACAAUGGCCGUCCCCGUAGGCACGUCGGCCAGAGGGAGGACGGCCUGCACCGCCACGAGCGGCUGCUGGAGACCCAGACCUACUCCUGUGCCUGCCAGAAGCUGAUAGCCUAUCCAUUGCACCGGCGGCGUGUCAGGCUUGAAGGUGGAGAUGAGCCCGUAGCCCAGCGCCAUGGCCAGAGAGCCCGAAAGCAUGAAGGCGGCACGGUAUACGCCAAGAUCGUAAACGCCCCGGUAAAGAUCCCCGCGCCGCCUACCCCCGCCACCGCCCGUCCCAGGAUGAAGGCGAGGCUAGUCGGCGCGACCCCGCAAAUGAGGCUCCCAAGCUCGAAGAUGGCUACGGCGGAAAUAAACACCGUCUUCAUGUUCCAAAAGGUGUAA